AUGUGGUUGUUGUCCCCCCUUGGCGGUCAAGCAACGUACAGGACCUUCAGCGACCAAGACCACCAACUCCGUGACCAUCCGCUCGUCGACUAUCCGAACAUGAAUUGGACAGAGGCGUAUUUUCCCGGCUACACGACCAGCAUUUCCGAGCUCUAUCAGAUGUCUUCGAAAACGACGUUUUUUGCGGCGGCCGUGUUCGGAUCGCCUUCAGUGAAGCAUUCCAAGGUUGACCUUUGGGGGAAUGCUAAGGUUCCUCAUCUCGAGCGUCUGGAGGAAAAUGGUAUCAAAGCUUCAGAUGGCUGGAUUGAUGUUGACGGCGAAGAGAAUAUCGCCCAUUCAUCUCUACUUGGAGUUCCGCUUGGGAACCUACCGGACUCUUCUGCGAAGGACACGCUCCUGUAUGAGACCACCAAGGGGGGCUGCAAGGUCGGCGACGAAGGCUGCAUCUUCCACUCCGUCUGCGUCUACGGGACGACGUAUGCGGAGACGCGGAUCAACUGCACCUCCAACAACGGCAACAGCUGCGGCGCCACGCAGAUGCGACGGUUGAGCAUGGACGGCGGCGACGAGGAGGGGGCAGCGAAGAAGCGAAGAAACCUCAGCGACUGGACCGACCAGCUCGGCAACAAGACCGUGCAGAUCGCGCCCAAGUAG